UUUUCCUGCAUCCUUGUGCAACAUCAGGUUGUUUUGAAGAAAGUAGCCAUUGUCUUAAACAUGAGAGCAGCCUCCUAUAGGGAACGAUUUUCUUAAGAAUCCAGAGCAGUAGGUAUCUUAAACCAGACUGGCAUUACAGGAGUUUGGAAGGAUUUAAAAGCCAUGCAAAACUUGUUUCUACAGACUUCAGAUUUGGAGGUAGUACAUAAAUGCAUGCUUUGAACCCAGUGAUCUCUGCACAACAGUCUAAAUGUUUUUUCCUCUAUGGGGGCUAUAAGGUAUAGCAUUACGCAUGUAUAUGUACUUCAGUAAGGCACAGCCCUAUAAUUAAAAAGUAUCCCAGAAAAGAUUGAUCACUAUGUCAGCAGCUGAAAGCCAGUCAACAGUCAUAAUACUGACUCUCCCCUCUGUGAUAUCUCCUAAGUCCAUGCAGCAGAGUGAAGUGAGCAGACAGGUAGAGAAAACUGCCUAGAGAAGCGUGGUGUAUAUGAUGUGCACGGCUGCGAAACACAGUUAAUCGAAGACAGAAGUUGCUGGCACUUACAUUUCUUCAGCCUUCAGCAAUGAAGGUUCUUACAGAUGGAAAGUGAUGGGGUUUAUACAGAUUAAUGAGGACUUCAUAUUUAUUGAGCCACUGAAUCGCACUUUGGCUGUGACAGGACAUGCACACAGAGUGUACAGAAGAAAAAGGUCUGUAGAGGAGAGAAUUUCUGAAAAGCCACCUUCUCAGAAUCCCUACUGUGGUGUUGUUACAGAUAAAAGAAAAUCCAAGACUCAAAAAAUGUCAGAAAGUGGAAGAGGAAAACGAUACUCUUACAAGUUACCUCAGGAAUACAACAUUGAAACUGUUGUGGUGGCAGAUCCAGCUAUGGUUUCAUAUCAUGGAACAGAUGCUGCCAGAAGAUUUAUUCUGACCAUCUUAAACAUGGUUUUUAAUCUUUUCCAGCACAAGAGUCUAGGAUUACAAGUAAAUCUUCGGGUGACUAAACUUGUUCUUCUUCAUGAGACUCCAGCAGAUAUGUAUAUUGGACAUCAUGGAGAAAAAAUGCUGGAAAGCUUUUGUAAAUGGCAGCAUGAAGAAUUUGGCAAGAAGAAUGAUAUACACUUAGAAAUGUCAACAAGCUGGGGAGAAGACAUGACUUCAGUUGAUGCAGCCAUACUGAUCACAAGGAAGGAUUUCUGUGUACAUAAGGAUGAACCAUGUGAUACUGUUGGUAUAGCAUACCUGAGUGGAAUGUGCAGUGAGAAACGAAAAUGUAUAAUUGCAGAGGACAAUGGUCUGAAUCUGGCUUUUACAAUUGCUCAUGAAAUGGGUCACAAAAAAAAACUCCAGGUUAAUAUGAGCCAGCCUGCUUGCAUGAUGGUUGUGAUAAAGGAAAGAUGUCUUCUAGAUGCCAAGCAGUACACGAAACAAGGUAGACAGAGAAGCUCACUGUUGCUGCUAGCAGUUCUUCCAAGACUGCAGCACAGCAUGGGGAUAAACCACGACAAUGACCACCCAUCCUGCGCAGAUGGUGUCCAUAUCAUGUCUGGGGAAUGGAUUAAAGGACAGAAUCUUGGGGAUGUUUCAUGGUCUCAGUGCAGCAGGGAAGACCUGGAAAGAUUUCUCAGGUCGAAGGCCAGUAACUGUCUGGUACAGACGAAUCCUCAGAGCCUCAAUUCUGUGAUUAUUCCGUCUAAACUCCCAGGAAUGACAUACACUGCAGAUGAGCAGUGUCAGAUUCUUUUUGGACCAACUGCUUCAUUUUGCCAAGAAAUGCAGCAUGUCAUUUGCACUGGGUUGUGGUGUAAGGUGGAAAGUGAGAAGGAAUGCAAAACUAAACUGGAUCCACCAAUGGAUGGAACGGACUGUGACACUGGAAAGUGGUGCAAGGCUGGAGAUUGUAUCAAUCGGACCUCUUUCGCGGAGCACAUGGAGGGGGAGUGGAGUGCAUGGAGCACUUGUAGCCGUACUUGCAACACUGGAAUCAGCAGUCGACAGCGCAAAUGCCCUGGUUCAGGCCUUGAAGGAGAGUGUCAUGGGCCCACAAUGCAGUAUAGGGUAUGUGAAAAUCCUUCUUGUCCUGCUGGUGUGCCUGCCUUUAGGGACUGGCAGUGCCAAGCUUUCAGUGUCAGAUCUUCAUAUCAGAAGCAUGUGCACCAAUGGCAAGCUGUCAUUGAUGAUGAAAAGCCGUGUGCUUUAUUCUGUUCGCCGUCUGGAAAGGAUCAACCUGUUCUUCUGACAGAAAAGGUGAUGGAUGGGACUUCCUGUGGCCAGCAUGGGCUAGAUGUCUGUGCUGAUGGUAGAUGCCAGAAAUUUGGCUGUGAUGGUAUAUUAGGAUCUCUAGCUCGUGAAGAUCAUUGUGGUAUAUGCAAUGGUAAUGGAAAGUCAUGCAAAGUUAUUAAAGGUGAUUUUAACCAUACCAGAGGAGCAGGUUAUGUGGAAGCUUUGGUGAUACCUGCAGGAGCAAGGAGAAUCAAAGUUGUGGAAGAAAAACCAGCUCACAGUUACUUAGCUCUUAGGGAUGCUGGAAAACAGUCAAUCAAUAGUGAUUGGAAGAUAGAGCAUUCUGGAACAUUCAACAUUGCUGGGACCACAGUCCAUUAUGUUCGGAGAGGUCUCUGGGAGAAGAUAUCAGCCAAAGGUCCCACAACAUCACCUUUACAUUUACUGGUGCUGCUCUUCCAUGACCAGAGCUAUGGUUUACACUAUGAAUACACAAUCCCACUGGAUCCUCUCCCUGAAAAUCAGAGCUCUAAAGUACCAGAGCCCCUUUUCAUGUGGACACAUUCCACAUGGGAAGACUGUGAUGCCGUAUGUGGAGGAGGUGAAAGAAAGACAACGGUCUCUUGCACGAAGAUUAUGAACAAGAAUAUCAGUCUUGUGGACAACAAGAAGUGCAAAUAUUUAACAAAACCUGAACCACAGAUCCGCAAGUGCAACGAACAGCCAUGCCAGACAAGAUGGAUGAUGACAGAAUGGACACCGUGUUCAAGGACAUGUGGAAAAGGAACCCAGAACAGACAAGUAGCCUGCACACAGCAGCUCAGAAAUGGGACCCUGAUUAGAGCUAGGGAGAGGGAUUGCCUGGGGCCAAAGCCUGCUUCUGCACAGCGCUGUGAAGGCCAGGACUGCAUGACAGUGUGGGAGGCAGGCGUCUGGUCUGAGUGCUCUGUAAAGUGUGGUAAGGGAGUACGGCAUCGGACUGUGAGGUGCACCAAUCCACGCAAGAAAUGUGUUUUGUCCACAAGACCUAAAGAGGCAGAGGACUGUGAGGACUAUUCCAAAUGCUACGUCUGGAGAAUGGGAGACUGGUCUAAGUGCUCCGUCACCUGUGGCAAAGGAAUGCAGUCUCGAGUCAUCCAGUGCAUGCACAAGAUUACGGGAAGGCAUGGCAAUGAGUGCUUUUCCUCAGAAAAGCCUGCAGCCUACAGACCCUGUCAUCUCCAUCCCUGCAAUGAGAAAAUCAAUGUUAACACAAUAACAUCACCCAGGUUAGCUGCUUUAACAUUCAAGUGCCUAGGAGACCAGUGGCCUGUGUACUGCAGAGUGAUAAGAGAGAAGAACCUCUGUCAAGACAUGAGGUGGUAUCAACGAUGCUGUGAGACGUGCAGGGACUUUUAUGCGCAAAAAAUGCAACAAAAGAGUUGACCUCUGUCAGGCUGGCUAGCUCUCAGCUCUUUGCAAUCUUUUUAUUUAUGAACACACACACACCCACACCCACACAGGCUUUUUUCAGACCAAAUAUUAUCAGAUGGCAUAUAAUUUAAUCAAAUUAAUUUAUUUUUGCCUGCCAGACAUCCUUAAUGGUUUUGGUUAGACAGCAAACAUGUUUUAUCUUCUGACAUUUUCAUAAUUAAUUUUUAUAUGAACACCUUUGGAUACAUUUAUCAGAAUUUUAAAAAAAUAGUAACUAGUAUUUUAAAUGUUUAUUUUCAGUAAGGUCAUCUGUUGCAAAAAAAAAAGUCAUGUUAUCUUGAAUUUAUUUUAAUUUAGCUGAAUAGUUUUGUUGUAUAUGGAAAUAAAGUCCUUUUUAAUUUUAUUAUAUUUUUGGCAUUUGGAGUCAGAAUGAUCUUGGGUUUUUUGCAACAGAUGUCAAAGUGAACAAGCUAACAUUAUUAAACAGGUUAUUACAGAAUGUAUUGUGAAAUUAGUUCAUUUGAUUUAGAAACAUACUGAAGGGGAUAUUCUACUGUAACUUAUAACAUAUUAUAAACAAGAAAAUUAAAAUAGCUAAGUAGAGAUUUUGAUCAUUCUCAUGGACACAUACUUGAACACAAGUAUUAAAUCAAUGAAACACUGUAGAGAUUUACACUGAAUCACUGUUGCACUGUUUGAGGUAGUGUAGAGAAAUGCAGUCCUAGAACUUGUAACAUCCUAUGAAUCUACGUCUGUAGUGUUUUAACAUGUCACUUAAUUUUUAAAGUUUUGAAACAAAAUACCCAUGCCCCUCUAUACCUUUGUGUGUCCUUUUGCAGAUUUACAAAUGAAAGAGUCCUUUCUCCUGCCACUUUUAUUAAUUAAUCUGUUAAAUAUUCUCAGUUCUCUGUUGAUAAUUUAGAAAAUAGCUUUGUAAUACUACUUCAAUUUUAUCUUUGUCUAAUGAAAAAGUCUUUAUAAAAAUUAAAUGUUUUACAGUUUUGUGAAACAUUAUGAAACAGCAAAGAUUUUCCUUAUGAGAAAAUAUUGUACAUGAGUCACAUGAUUUUUACAUUUUCAAUAAAAAGUAAAUCUCAUUUUGU